AUGCUCAUGGCCUUGGAGCAGCAGGUGAGCCUGAACCCCGUUGACGGCGAAACUAACGGCGUUGACGCCCGCCACCCCACGUCAGCGGAGACCGGAGAUGACGCCAGCAAGGCGCCGAGGCUGCCACGCUGGACGCGGCAGGAGAUUCUCGUCCUCAUAAACGGGAAGAGGUACGCCGAGAGCCGGGGUGGGGGGCGGACCCCGAGGUCGGACUUCGGGUCGGGUCAGGCGGAGCCGAAAUGGGCCGCGGUCUCGACCUACUGCAAGAAGCACGGGGUGAACCGGGGACCCGUCCAGUGCCGGAAGCGGUGGAGCAAUUUGGCGGGGGACUUCAAGAAGAUCAGGGAGUGGGAGGUGCAGAGGAAGGACGAAACGGAGUCGUUUUGGGUGAUGAGGAACGACCUGAGGAGAGAGAGGAAGUUGCCGGGUUUUUUCGAUAAGGAGGUUUAUGAUAUAAUGGAGGCGGUUCCGGGUGCUCCGAUUUCGCUCGCUCUACCCGGUCCGACCCGGGUGGAGUCCGAAGAUGUGAAGGAGGAGGGGAUGACUGAGGAGGCUGAGAACUUGUUUGAUAGUAUACAGAGGCCCACGGAGGACGGGUUGUUUUCUGACGAUGAGUCGGGCCGGAGCCCUGAGAAGGAAGUCCGGUUCAAGGAGGGUCCGGGGAGUACCACAGUGAUUUCAGGUCCUUUGCCAAUAUCAGAGAAGCAGUAUAAACCAAUACCUCAAGGAUGCCAAGGACAAGGUGCAGCAGACCAAAAACAGCCAGCUUCAAUACCUGAGAUUGGAUCUACUUCUCAAGACCGGAAGCGGAAACGUUUUACAGUAGAUGUAGACGAGGAAACAUCCAAUCUGCAGAAUCAGUUGAUUGAUGUCAUGGAAAGGAAUGGCAAAGUGCUUUCUGACUAUCUCCAUGCUCAGAAUUCCCAUUCGCAACUCGAUCGGGAGCAGAGGAAAGAGCAUUCUGAUAGCUUAAUUGCUGUUCUUAAUAAGCUUGCAGAUGCUUUUAUGAGAAUCGCUGAGAAAUUGUAG